AUGUUACUAAGUACUAGUCGAAUUAAUGUUCUUCGAAAAUCAAGUAAUUGGUUUAGGUGUUCUCUUUCUACUAGUGGCGGUGCAAGAUCACCAACAGGAAUUGUAUUCAUGAAUAUGGGAGGCCCUUCGAAAACUAAAGACACAUAUGACUUCUUGUUAAGAUUGUUCUCUGAUCAGGAUUUGAUUCCGUUAGGGUAUUUUCAGAACUCUUUGGCUAAAUUUAUUGCAAGACGUCGUACUCCAUCCAUUGAAAAGAAUUAUGAUGAUAUCGGUGGCGGAUCACCAAUUAGAUAUUGGUCUGAAUAUCAAUGUAAGAAAGUCUGUGAGAUCUUAGAUAAGACAAAUCCAGAAACAGCUCCACAUAAACCAUACGUGGCAUUUCGUUAUGCUAAUCCAUUGACUGAGCAUACGUUGAAGCAAAUGAUGGAUGAUGGUAUUAAGCGGGCAGUUGCUUUCUCCCAGUACCCACAAUUCUCUUAUUCCACUUCAGGAUCAUCUAUGAAUGAAUUAUACAGAAAGACUUUAGAGCUUGAUAGCAAACGCUCUAUCAAUUGGUCUUUUAUUGACAGGUGGCCAAAGCAAAAAGGUUUCAUUAAUGCGUUCAGCAAGCAUAUUAACGAUAAAUUGCAAGAAUUUCCAGAACAAGAUAGGGAUAAGGUUAUUGUUAUGUUCUCGGCCCAUUCUUUACCUAUGGAAAUUGUUAACAGAGGAGACUCUUAUCCAGCCGAAGUUGCAAGUACUGUUUAUGCAAUUAUGGAGAAUCUUAAAUUCAAGAACCCAUAUCGUUUAGUAUGGCAAUCCCAAGUAGGCCCAAAACCAUGGUUAGGAGGACAGACUGCUAAAAUUGUUGAAAAAUUAGAGAAGAAUGAGGAUGUCAAGGGAAUUGUAUUGGUCCCUGUUGCGUUUACCUCUGACCAUAUUGAAACAUUGCACGAAUUAGAUAUUGAAUUACAAGAGGAGUGUACAAAUCCAGAAAAGGUCAAGAGAGCUGAAUCCUUGAAUGGAAAUGAAGAAUUCAUUGAAGGAUUAGCUGAUUUAGUACAGGACCAUUUAAAGUCAGGUCAAUUGUACUCGAAUCAAUUAGAAUUAGAUUGUAUAUUAGGGGGUGAAAAGGCUACUGGUACUUUCAAGCACCCAAGUGAAUUAUUCGGAGACCAUUCUAAGUCCCAAUGA